CUCAGGAGGGCGCGAGGAAGUGUCUGAGCUGAGGCUGGGGCAGGGCAGGAGCGGGUGGAGGGAAGCCUGCAGGAGGGAGGCAUCCUUCAGGGUCCAGAGGAGCCAGAGGCAGCUCCAUCUGCUGCUAGGAAGGGCUCUGGACACCUCCAGCCCUUCCCGCCUGCCCUCCGAGGCUCCAGCCAGCAGCUGAGGGUACCUGCUGAGUUGGCGCGACACAGCCACGGAGCUGGUACCCCCGGGACCCUGUGCCCGACUUGGCUCCCCAGCAUGGAGGAAGGUGGCGAUUUCGACAACUACUACGGGGUGGACAACCAGUCUGAGUGUGAGUACGCGGACUGGAAGUCCUCGGGGGCCCUCAUCCCUGCCAUCUACAUGCUGGUGUUCCUGCUGGGCACCACGGGCAACGGCCUGGUGCUCUGGACCCUGUUUCGGAGCAGCCGCGAGAAGAGGCGCUCGGCUGACAUCUUCAUCGCCAGCCUGGCGGUGGCCGACCUGACUUUCGUGGUGACCCUGCCGCUGUGGGCCACCUACACGUACCGGGACUACGACUGGCCCUUCGGGGCGUUCGCCUGCAAGCUCAGCAGCUAUCUCAUCUUCGUCAACAUGUACGCCAGCGUCUUCUGUCUCACCGGCCUCAGCUUCGACCGCUACCUGGCCAUCGUGCGGCCCGUGGCCAACGCCCGGCUGCGGCUGCGGGUGAGCGGGGCGGCGGCCACGGCCGUCCUGUGGGCGCUGGCCGCCCUCCUGGCCGUGCCGGUCAUGGUGUUCCGCUCCACCGGCACCAUCCUGCACGUGGAGAACAGCACCAGGGUGCAGUGCUUCAUGGACUACUCCAUGGUGGCCGGCCCGAGCUCCGAGUGGGCCUGGGAGGUGGGCCUGGGCGUCUCGUCCACCGCCGUGGGCUUCGUGGUGCCCUUCAUCGUCAUGCUCACCUGCUAUUUCUUCAUCGCCCAGACCAUCGCCGGCCACUUCCGCAAGGAGCGCAUCGAGGGCCUGCGGAAGCGGCGCCGGCUUCUGAGCAUCAUCGUGGUGCUAGUGUUGACGUUCGCCCUGUGCUGGACGCCCUACCACCUGGUGAAGACGCUCUACAUGCUGGGCAGCCUGCUGCACUGGCCCUGCGACUUCGACAUCUUCCUCCUGAACGUUUUCCCCUACUGCACCUGCAUCAGCUACGUCAACAGCUGCCUCAACCCCUUCCUCUACGCCUUCUUCGACCUGCGCUUCCGCCAGGCCUGCGCCUCCGUGCUCUGCUGGGGACAGAGCAGGUGCGGGGGAGCCUCCCACAGCAGCAGUGGGGAGAAGUCGGCCAGCUACUCCUCCGGGCACAGCCAGGGGCCCGGCCCCGGCAGCGGGAAGGGCGGAGAGCCGACGCAGGAGAAAUCCAUCCCCUACAGCCAAGAGACCCUCGUGGUUGACUAGGGCUGGGAUCGCGGGCGCCUGGCGCCCUCCGCCCGGCCCCAGCCUUUGCCCUUGCUCUCUGAAGGUCAGGUCGCCGGGGGCACCUUCUCUCUUGCACUUGACUCCUUUCCCUGCCUCCUGCCUGUGUCCUUUUCCCUUUGCUCUGGUUCAGAGGUUUGUGGUUUAGUGGAGAGAGAUUGAGCCCUGCAGACCCGGGCUCGGCCACUCAGUCUCUGUGAGACUGACCUUGCCGCAGUCUCUUCAACUCUCUGAGACGCAGUUUCUCUACGUGUAUACGAUGGAGAAACUAAAAUGAUGUGUGUGUCCUGGCUCAGUAAAAGUUCAUUUCCCCCCAGCAUUUUUCUUGGAUCUCCAGCUUUUUUUUCUCCCCCCAUUUCCUUUUAGGUUUCUCGCCCCUCUUCCUCUCUCUGUUUCCCCCUUUCUCUCUGCAAUUUUUACUCAGAAUCCGUACCUCCUGGCUCCCACCCCCUCUCCCGUAGCUCGUCUUCCUCGUUCAGUCCCUCCUUUCCAUUUUUACUUCUUCGCUCUGAAGGGCUCCUAAGGGUUAAGACUCCUGAAGCUUGCAAACACUGCCCCUGUUCAAGCUCUUUGUCCGGUUCCCUGAGUGCCCCGGGAGGGAAUGGGAGAAUGGCCGAAUGGCCGGGCAGGAGGCGGGCUGGGUGUCAGCAAAAUGACUGCUCCCGUCUCUGCAGCUGAGGGCUCCAGAGCCUCCCUCCAAGUUGGAGCGCUUUGCUGUCCUUUCAGGCACUGGAGGUAGAGCCAUCCACGAAGGGGGCCUCCUUCCUGCAGCCCCUCCACGAUGCCAACUAGAUAUGCUUUCUACAGAUUUCCUUAGACCCUUUUUUUUUCAUCCUCUAUUUUCUGUGGGGACUGGAAGGCAAUGGGGUUGAUGAAGCAGCAGGCUCCUUGGUUUCAUGAUAUGAAUGGGGAGCUGGGAAGGGAAGAUGGAGAAAGAGGGGGAAUCUGCAUUUCGUCUAAAUGCUGCUUGGGUUCCCUCCCCAAGUCCCUCAUCCCUCGUCCAGAACCGUGAGCCGCAGCUCUCUCCCUGUCUCUCCACCCCAUCCCGACAUCUCCAGGAUGUUUUUCUUGGGCACUGGUGUGAAUGGGUGCCAGGGGUCACUUUGGUGGGGGUGGGACGCUUGCUUUGUGUGUGCACAUGUGUGUAAACAAGGAUGAGCAUUGCACGGAGAGUGGUGUGCCCGUGUUACUUGUCACUUGGAUGAACUCACCCGCCCCCCCCCGCCCCACCCUCCAGAUCUCUGCUCUUCACCCAAUAUCCUUGAGGGAAGAAGGGACAUGCUGAGGCGAUUUAGAAUAAAAAUGAGUCCACCCCCACUGGCUCUGGGGGCUCUGACGGCUGGUCCGCGCUUUAAGAGAGAAGUCUGUGUUUGUGCCCCGGCUCC